AUGAAGGUUGGUUCAGAAAAGAGUUUUGUUAGAAUAAUUUUUUUUUGUGGUUUAUUUGCAGACUCCUUCCUUCUGCUCCUGUCUUCCUCAAUAUGGAGGCUGGGAGCUCCAAAUCCUGUGGGAUCACAAGCAUCACCACUCCAGCUUGAUAGAAACACUUGCAAGGGUCUUGCACGCUCUCUGCUUUGGAACGUGACAGAAACACUGGCAGACGACCAACUGUUCAGGGGACUGAACUGCACAGACCAGAGUGCCGAGCUGCAUAACAGGACCCAGACGGUAGCAGUGUGCAUUCCACAGGAUGCAUGCCUCCACAGUGUUCUGGAAGAUCUCAAGCAGUUCCGAGCAACGUUUAAAGCCUACAGCGAUCAAGGAUAUGUCCUCAAACAGACGGUGCUUAGCAGCAUUGAUGACCUCAUGCAGAACUGCUUCUCUGCCACACAACUGGACAGCUCUCAAACACUGGUUUCCAUGGAACAUGAAAAAUCCUUCAAGGGAAGACUGAAGCUCUGCAAAGUUUUGAAGGCCUUCCAUAUUCGUGUUAUCACCAUCAACCGAGUGGUGAACCAUAUCCUGACUUUGGACGCAGGAGCCAAUUAAUAAUCACAAAGUUAUAAUUGAUAUGUGAUAUUCAGGCAAACAAAAAAAAAAAUAUGUUUUUGUCAUUUUGACAAGCACAAGUUAGCCUCAUUGUUUUAGGCUUUAUGAUAUGCAGUACUGGUA